UAAUAUUAAUCUCUACUCCUCUCUCUCCACUGCCAAAAAAAUUUGAUUUUUCAUUUUUCUCCUCCAACACAAAGCAAAUGGCCGCCGUCACCUCCGCCGCCGCUGCCGUGCGCACUGCUCCGGUUCACAGCCGCCCCCGGACGGCGGCUUCAUCCGCCCCUUUCCUUCUCGGGUUGCCUGCGUUGGGAAAGAAGGGAGGAGUGAGGUGUUCCAUGGAAGAAGGAAAGGCAAGCAAAGAAGCAGAAAACAAAUGUAGCAGCCUCGGGAUGGGUGCGUCGUUGAUCGCUGCGGUGGCGACGACGAUGUCGAGCCCGGCCAUGGCUCUGGUGGAUGAGAGACUGAGCACAGAAGGGACUGGCCUUCCAUUUGGUUUGAGCAACAAUCUUCUUGCUUGGAUUCUCUUAGGGGUUUUUGGUCUCAUAUGGUCAUUCUACAUCGUUUACACUUCUUCUCUUGAAGAGGAUGAGGAAUCGGGCUUGUCUCUUUAGGCAAAACUCGAUCGCCAUUUUAUUGUUGUCGUUGUUGUUAUCGUCGUUGUGGAUAUUCGCCUUUGGCUCGAAUUCGUAUAAGCUUUUGAAUUUGUAUCAUCAAAGCCUGUUGUUGGGAUAUCAAUGUAGAAAGAAGUAAAAAAUGUUUAAAUA